AAAACCCUAAAAACAUAGCAAUGAAAACCCCUUAACACCUAAAGGCUAAAACCAUGUCUCGACCUCCCUCCGACUUGUUGUUUACUUGUUUAUAAACUUUUUUUAAAAAAAGAAUCACCAUCGUCUAUAUUAUCUGAAACCCCCGAACUGGUUGUUGAUUGUCGACGAUAUCAGCAGCUGACUUUUAUCGACCCAAUCAGAGAUUAAAAAAAAAAAAAAACUCAAUUCGCAUUUUUUUUACCUUUCCAUCGACCCACGCUUAACAACACUGUAUUAUUUACCCCACGAAAUGAGAAACUACACAAACAAUUAGGUCAGCAAAUAAUUGGUGAUGUCACUUUCACGGGUUCGUGUUCUUUCACGUUACAAAACCCUCUCAAAAACUGCUACGCUUUUAAAACAGAGGAAUUUGAUCCCCAAUUACUUCAAAACCGAAACUUCAGGCUUCGAAAAAGCUGGUGGCUGUGUGACGACGUUUUUAGUUUCGCAUUUCCAUCAUUCUGCCAUUUUUGGAAAUACGAGGUCGUUCUCUACGGUUAGCGGUUGGAACCAUGAUGAUGAUGUAAGUGAUGAUGUCACUGCCACCCUGUUUGAAAGGGGGAAACCUGUUGAAUUUAACAAAGUAGAUGCCCGCCUGCUUCCAACUGUACUUCUUAUAGGCCGACCCAAUGUUGGCAAGUCUGCGUUGUUUAAUCGUUUGAUUAGAAGAAGAGAGGCACUUGUGUACAACACUCCCAACGAUCAUGUAACUAGGGACAUACGAGAAGGGAUUGCCAAGUUGGGUGAUUUGCGAUUUAAGGUUUUGGAUUCAGCUGGUUUAGAAGCUGAGGCUUCUUCUGGUUCUGUUCUUGGGAGGACUGCAGAAAUGACAGCAAAUGUGUUGAGGAGGUCCAAUUUUGCAUUAUUUCUUGUAGAUGCAAGAGAUGGAUUGCAGCCCAUGGAUUUGGAUGUGGGAAAGUGGCUUCGAAAGCAUGCUCCUGGCAUCAAGAUCAUCAUGGUGAUGAAUAAGGCCGAAUCACUUGAUGAUGGUUUUGGCUCGGUUGCUGCUGCUGCUGGUGAAGCGCGUACCUUGGGAUUUGGAGAUCCUAUAGCUCUCUCAGCUGAAACUGGGUUGGGGAUGAAUGAUUUAUAUGAAGCUCUCAGGCCACUGCUUGAGGAUCAUAUGUUUCAGAUUGUUGAUGACUCUACCAAUGAAACUAUCGAAGACGGUGAGUCGUGUGAGCAAGAAGACUUAAAGCUACCACUGCAGUUAGCUUUCGUGGGACGGCCUAAUGUUGGGAAAUCAACCUUGUUGAAUUCAAUUCUGCAGGAAGAUCGUGUUUUGGUGGGUCCAGAGGCUGGGUUAACAAGAGAUUCAGUUAGAGUUGAGUUUGAAUAUGAAGGAAGAACGAUAUACAUGGUGGACACAGCUGGUUGGUUGCAGAGAACAAGGUCAGAGAAAGGUGCAUCAUCCCUGAGCAUUGUACAAUCAAAGAAAAACCUGAUGAGGGCUCAUGUCAUUGCUUUAGUUCUUGAUGGUGAAGAGGUUUCGAAAGCUAGAAAAAGCUUGACGCAUGAUGAAGUAGUGAUAGCAAGACGAGCUAUAGAAGAAGGGCGGGGUUUGGUCGUUGUUGUGAAUAAAAUGGAUCUUUUAACAGAAAGACUAUAUGAACGGGUUCUCAAAGCUGUACCAGAAGAGAUCAAGUCAAUCAUCCCUCAGGUGAUAGGGGUACCUGUUGUAUUCGUGUCAGCGCUAGAAGGAAAAGGUAGAAUAGAUGUGAUGCAGCAGGUAAUCGAAACAUACAAGAAGUGGUGUUUGAGAUUAUCAACAGCUCGCCUUAACCGUUGGCUACGCAAGGUUAUGAGCAGACAUUCCUGGAAAGAUCUAGCAGCUCAGCCCAAAGUCAAGUAUUUCACUCAAGUCAAAGCCCGGCCACCAACUUUUGUUGCUUUUGUUACUGGGAAGACUAGACUUUCAGACACAGAUUUAAGGUUCUUAGCAAGAUCUUUAAAGGAAGAUUUUGAUAUGGGUGGGAUUCCUGUUCGCAUAUUGCAGCGUACUGUGGAGAAAAAGGAUACAAAUACCAGUGGAAAUAGUAAUAGCAAUAACAAAAGCAGAAAAUAUACUGGUAAACAUGUUGCAGAAGAGACAUCUGACAAGAGGGAACUCACUGUGGAAACAAGUUUGAAGCAUUGAAGAAAUUUUUUUCUUUUGAGAAUCAUUUGUACAUAGAAAAUUAGAAAUGGAUAUUACAGAAUUAUUCCAACGUUUUUUGUAGGCAUUUCUUCCCUUUCAGUCGAUAUUUUGUCAUUUAUUUUACUCAA